UAGGUUAUAUUAGUGGUAACAGCGUUGAACAGUUGAGACCAUCAGCUGCGUGGGAUAUUGUUCACUCCCUGCACGAGGAGAGCUAUAUACACACCCGUCAGCAUGCCAACCUGUCUACUAUUACAGUCAUGUAUACUGGCAGGGAUGAACUCAUCGAGGUGAUUGCAUGCCAUGAUGAUAACGGAGACUUCAAGCUGACACGGCAUAACAUUCCCGUAGCUGACAUCACUAGACAUAGAGUCUUCCAGAGCAGGAUGCUUGCCACUGUAAACCGACAAGAGCUGAGCAAUAGUGAUGCAGCUGAGGUCACAGUUCAGAGAUCGUGUGCAUUUACAUCGCUCACGUAUGAAAUGGAGAGGCCACAAUAUUUCACCAGGACUCAGAAGUACCAGCUAGCGCCUCCUAGGCUAAGCAUGAAUGAUAGUCUUCACCGCAACGGCAGUCUUCUGCUCUUCCAAGUAGUGGCUAACCUGUUACUGUCUGAAAUGUACAAUCAGCCUCAGCGGUCACAUUACGGAUAUCAGACAAUCUACCCAAGCUUUGCUGAUGAAUGGAGGGAUGUAAACCAUGGCAUACAGCAUGCAGAAAUGAAGUGA